AUGUAUGAAUUAUUCUUUGAGGAAAACCCAUAUUUGAAUGAGGAUUCAAAAAAAAUUCAUUUCUUUUCAAAUGGAAAAUCAUGGAAUUUUGGAUUGAAUAACAGUAAUAAUGGAUUAAAUAUUAUUUUCAAGGUGGCAAAGGAAGGUUUAAGACCACUUGUCCCUUUUGAAAACAGGAAUGAGCUAUCACAAUGGGCGGAUAUUUAUCUUUUUAAUAAUUAUACAAACCUUUCAGAUGAACAAAAGAAACAAAUACUUGAUGGUGUAGAGUUGUUUGUAAGCUUGAUGGAAAAAUGUUGGUCUCAAGAUCCAAGUGGCAGACCAAAGUUUUCAGAAAUCUUUAAUGAUCUGAAAAAGAUCAAAAAAUAUUUCCAACAGUAA